UCUAAACAAAACACCUCAAAUUCAUUGCAAUCUUUUUAUCCCCCAACUAUGAUCCAAGUGUUCUUAUACACUUAAUGCAACUAAUCAUACAACAAAACGUAAUAUCUAGAUCAAAUAAAUACACACACUCCCUCCUACUCCUACUGAAACAAGGUUCCCUUGAAUGGCAACAUAUUCCGUUACUUGAAAAGCAAUCAAAGUUGUUUUAGAGUGGGAUGUCAGCACACCCUCAUUUUUUAACACCCUCUUGGAUCUUUGGUGAUGCCCAUCUUCAACACACACACACACAUCUUCCAUCACACGUCAUCUUCUCUAACUAUAAAUACCCCAAUAUAUCUUGACCAUCAAUAUACCACUUAUUACUAUCCAUCUUCAACCUUAUUACUAUAUAGAUAGUUAAGUCCGAACAAUUGCAUUUGCAUAUAUUGGUGAUAAUCAAGAAUAAUGGGAGAUAACAACUUGAAUUUGCCACCGGGGUUUCGAUUCUAUCCGACGGAUGAAGAAUUGGUGGUCCAUUUCCUCCACCGUAAGGCGGCGCUACUACCUUACCAUCCAGAUGUCAUCCCAGAUCUUGAUCUUUACCCUUACGAUCCUUGGGACUUGGAUGGUAAAGCAUUGUCGGAAGGGAAGAAGUGGUACUUUUACAGUAGACGAACAGCAAAGAGGAUAACGGAGAGUGGAUAUUGGCAACAAAUAGGAGUUGAAGAGCCAAUUUAUUCAAGUGGUGUCAAAAAAUACUUUGCUUUUUAUAUGGGUGAGCAUUCGCAAGGCGUCAAGACUAACUGGAUCAUGCAUGAAUACAUGGUUUCAAGUUCAAGUUCCUCAAGAAAGAAAAAUUCUUCCAAGAUUGAUCAUAGUAAAUGGGUUGUUUGUCGUGUGUACGAGGAGGAAGAGGAGGAUGGUGGUGGGGCAGAGCUUUCAUGCUUAGAUGAAGUUUUCCUUUCACUGGAUGAUCUUGAUGAGAUUAGCUUUCCCAAUUCUUGACGUAGUACUUUUUAUUGUAUUAAUUUACUCUAUAUCCCAUCUUUAUAUAUUCUGUAUUUCGUAUGAGAUACAAUACGAGUAACACAAAAAUGAAAAUAACAUAGAUAGUGAUAGCUUUUUGUUGAAAAUCAGAAUAUGUAUUGAUGGUUGUUAGGAAUUCGCAAGUUGUAUGUGAUCAAUAUAGUACUUAUUACAAGUUGGGAAAUCUGUGUUUUUGGAUAAA